AUGAAUCUGGUUGUUAGUGAAGAUAAUGAAAGUGGCCUUGAAGAUGAUGGUGUACCUAGAAAUGAAGGAAACACUACCCUUGAUGAAACCCAUCCCAAAGUAGGUCUUGAAGAUGAAGUAAUUAACAUUGACAAAAUACCUUUGAACAAGACGAGUGGGGAUGAGUUUCUUAGUAAGUUAUGUCCUCCAGAAGGUGAUACUGGUGACAAUGAAGUUGAAGAAGAAGAUGUUGAAAUCCAUUCCAUUUUCAACCCUGAUUUGCAAUGGAAAAGGCAAGUACCUGUUAUUGGGAUGAAAUUUGAAAGUCCACAGCAGCUAAAAAACAUGUUAUGUAACUAUGUUGUGGCAAAUGGAUACCAACUAUGCUUCAAGAGGAAUGAUAGUAAAAGGUUAGUGGUGGAGUUGCUGAGAGAUGAUCUUGAACUAGGUAUGGGCAUUGGGUUCACCUUAAUGUAUGGCCAACACAAGGGUCUUAUGGAGGCAAUUAAGGAUGUGCUUCCUUGUGUUGAGCAUCGACAAUGUGCAAGGCACAUUGUUGCAGAUUUUAAGAUGAGAUUAAGUCCGGAAGCCCAUAACUACUUGAUGGAAAAUGAACCAAAGACCUUGUCAAUAGCAUUUUAUGAGGUAAGGAGGGCAUACGCUGCAGUGGAGCAUGGUCUUUCUGAGAGCUUUAAUGCAGUAAUCGUGAAAGCCAAAAGGAAACCAAUGAUCACUACGUUGGAGGAGUUAGGGUUAUAUAUCAUGGAGAGGAUGUUUAUCUUGAAACACACAAAACGGACAAAGGAUGUAAGUACUAUAACAAGGCAGUUACUGAAUGGUUUAAAGAUUAAAGCUAGGUACUUGCAAGUGCUCCCAAGUGGACUAAACAAAUUUGAGACAAUAAAUGAUGGUCAAGCUUAUGAUAUGGAUCUUGACAGCAUGAUAUGUUCUUGUAGGUUAUGGAAACUAAAUAGAUAUGGGUGUGCCAAUUCAAUUGCUACAAUCUUAUUUAUGAAUAAGGAUGUGGACACCUAUGUGGAUCCUAUGUUUUGUAGAUUAAACUACAAUAAAACAUACUUGAAUAAUAUAUUGCCUAUGAAUGGUAGUAACAUGUGGCCACAUACAUCAUUUACCCCACCCUUACCUCCCCAAAGAAUAAGGAUGUCUGGAAUACCUACAACAAAAAGGAAGAGAGACGUGACAGAGAAAAUGGGGAAGCAUAAAGUAUCAAAGAAGGGUAAACCCAUUGUGUGCAGUGCUUUUCAUAUGCCUGGCCACAACAAGGUAACUCGACUCACAACAAAUAAGCCAGUCAAGCUCAGAGUGAAAAGAUCAAAGAUAACCAAGACUACACAAGAAUCUGUAGGUGAAGCGUCAAUGAAUGGUGGUGCAGUAGGUGUGCAUGGAUCAAUGAAUAGUGGUGCAGGAAGUGUGCAUGGUGGUGAAGGUGGUGUGCAUGGCGGUGAAGGUAGUGGAGUGCAUGGUGUUCGAAAAAAAAGGUAUUUUGAAAUUUUCCAAGUAUACCCCUAA